UUGGCUUACUGGUUAGCAUGCGCAAACAAAAAGACUAUAAAUGAAGAUGAAUGGGUUGACUUCACAUUAUGAUGAUAGCCAUGAUUCCUCAAACUGAAAUACAAGGAAACUACGCACGUGUACCACCUAUUUAUAAUACAUCUACUUACGACACAUUACAAACACAAACAACAGGAUCUAAUUUGGUUUUGCAAAGCAAUACCUCCUCUAAAAGAGGAAGACGAUCGAAUGUUCCACCUGAAAUUAGAGAACAGACUCGUCGGUUGAAGAAACAAAAUAUGGAACGUAAACGACGUGCAUGUAUCUCAGAUAAAAUGAAUGCAUUACAUAAUUUAGCAAUGAAUCUAAUUGGAAUUGAUCCACAUGAAUGCCAUAAAGUAGAAAAAGCUGAUAUACUUAAUCUAUGUCACAGUGUAUUUAAAGGAAUUGCUAACAUUGCUAAAGAUGAACCUGAAUUACAAACACGUUUAAGAAAAUUGCGUCAUGAUUUAAUUGAGUCAUCUUCUUGUACCACCUCACUGGCACAAAAAUCAGCAUUAUUUCCAACAAGUGACUUGAAAGAACACACAGAUAAAGUAAACAAGUGGGAUAAUGAUGAACAUAAUUCUCAUAAUAAAAAGAUUCAAGAGAUAAAUCAAUUCCAAGAAAAUCAAGAUAACCGUCUUCAGGAUUAUCAUCGUCGUCCUCAAAAACAACAGCAAUAUCCACACUUAAACAACACUUUAUCCUUAUCCAGUGCACCAACAAUCUCAACAACGACAAUUACACAUGAUGAUAUGAAUCAAAGGACAGAUGAAAACAAUAAAGAGAAUAUAAUACCGAAGUUGAUCAUUAAAAAUCCUUUAUUAUUUAAAAAUUAUCCUACUAAUGAUUGUAUCACAUCAUCAAUGAUUAAAACGUCUACUUCUUUACCAGUGAAUAAUUUGCAUUUGAACAGUAUGAUUAAUUCACAGAAUAGUGAAACAAUAACACAAUGUCAAUCAACACCUUUACAAUAUAUAAAUAAAUUCAAUUCAACAGUGAAUAAUUUUAAUAGUUGUUUCGUUAGUAGUAAUAACCAGUCGAUCGAAUUAACACUUCAUAGUAGGAAGACGCCUAUUUUUAAGGACCAACAUAGACUGAACACUAUUAGUGAUCUUACCGUUCGUUCCACUGAAUCAUCUUCACCGUUGUCUAACUUAAAAACGAAAAACUUACCAUCGUGGUCAUCAUCAUCGCAAUUAAUGUUAGAGGAUCAUUUAUCGGCAUUUAGUGCACCAACAAGAAAACCACUUAGUGUUAUCACAAAUCAAUUAACUUCAAAUAAUUCUACACAUAUUAACCAAUAUUAUCAAAAUCAAAAAUUAAUUACAACAAUUAACGAUACAAUUACUUCUUCUAUAUCUAUUCCAACUACAUCUGAAAAUACAGGGACAUCUAUAAGAACCAGUGUCAAACCAAUGUGGAGACCAUAUUUAGACUAGAUAUUUUUAAUUGAUGUCAACUAUUUCUUUCUUUUUCUUUUUUUUAAAAUGUUUACUAACGAAAAUGUAUACUGCACAUAAUCAAUAAUAAUAUUCUGUUCUCAGAAGUAAACAAUUGAAUAUUAUAAUGAUGUAUAAACAUAAGACAUGAAUUAAAAUAGAUUAUUGAUUUGUUUAUACGGAAAAAUAUUAUAUUGACGAAGACAAACCUAUUUCCAUUUGUUCUUUGAACUAAAACUACUGUACAAAAUGUUAUUUGAUUUAAGAGAUUAUUUUUUUCUAUCUAAACAUUAAAUAUUUAAACAAAGAAAUAAA